AUGGCAGGACCCAACCUCGAAGUCUUCAAACCCACUAACAACCCCACCACACAGUUCGGAAUGUACAUCCUCUUCCCCAUCUCGAUAAUGUACUACUUCGGCACCAACCUCGAUGGCAAAUUCACCGUCCCAGACUUCUGGCCUAAACCGGGGCAAACACACAAGAUACCGUAUGAUAGGGAUGAGAUUGCAAAGGAGCUGGAGAGGUUGAAGGUGAGGAAUUUGGAGAAUAAGAGGAGGAGGGAGGCGCAGGAGGGGGUGGGUAGGGGGGAGGAGUAG